AAAUCCCACUGCCCCCCACAAUCUCUGUUGGGCUGCAAAUUUCUCCUGGAUAUUGGCGAUCCGAUCGAGCGAGGGCGACGGGGGCAGAUCGCGCGUUCCUUGUUCGUCUCGGUCGUCGAUUUUUCUCCGCCAUUUUGUAAGCUGUGCUCGCGGUGCUGCAGGAACCCUAAUUGUUAUCCGGUCGUCUGGGAGAUCUCGUCACUCCGCAGCCAUGUUCGGUUCCAGCAAUACUUUCAGUCAAUCUUCAACUAGUCCGUUUGGUUCACAGCCAAUGUUUGGGCAAACAAGUAGUACUGCUACUAAUCCUUUUGCGCCCAAACUCUUUGGAAGCCCAAAUUCGUUUGGUACCCAGAAUGGGAGUUCGAUUUUUGGAGGCACGUCUACUGGGGUCUUUGGACAACCAUCAACACCUGCCUUUGGUGCUUCACCAGCUCCGGCUUUUGGGAGCUCAAUGCCUGCCUUUGGUGCAUCAUCAACUCCUGCUUUUAGCAGUGGUUCCUCUUCAUUUGGUGGCUCUUCUUUGUUUGGACAGAAGCCAGCUUUUGGGACUUUUGGUUCAUCUCCAAACCAAUCAAGUCCAUUUGGCAGUACAUUUCAGCCAACACAACCAGCAUUUGGGACCAGCCUCUUUGGUUCCACAACCCCAUUCAGUCAAUCCAGUCAAUCUGCAUUUGGUGCUACUACUACCCCAACUUUUGGCUCUACAAGCACCCCAUCUUUUGGUACAGCUACUACACCAGCAUUUGGUGCCACGACUACACCAGCAUUUGGUGCCACAAGCACACCUGCAUUUGGUUCUACGACAACCCCAGCAUUUGGUUCAACGACAUCAUCCCUCUUUGGUUCUGCAGGAACUUCAUUUGGGGUUUCAAGUUCUCCAGCAUUUGGUACAACAGCAGCACCAUCUUUCGGUACUCAAACCACCUCUGUCUUUGGGUCUUCAAGUACGCCAGCAUUUGGUGCAUCUAGUGCUCCAACAUUCGGCUCGCCGACUGUUUCUGCUUUUGGCACAUCAAAUACCCCUUUCAGUUUUAGUUCCACCCCAGCCUUUGGCCAGUCAACAUCUGCAUUUGGCAGUACACCUUUUGGAGCAUCAACAUCUCCUUUUGGCGCUCAGGGCUCCCCAUUUGGUGCUCAGGCAACAACACCAUCCCUUGGUAGCCCAGGUUUUGGACAAUCAGCUUUUGGGACUCAGCCCGGAGGAACAAGAGUUGCAUCAUAUAGCCCAACACCUGAGGCUGAUGGUGGUACUAGUAGUCAGCCUGCUGGCAAGCUGGAAUCUAUAAGUGCAAUGUCUGUGUAUAAAGAAAAGAGUCAUGAGGAAUUAAGAUGGGAGGAUUAUCAACGAGGUGAUAAAGGGGGAUCCAACCAGUCUGGACAGCCUGCAGGAGCAAUAAAUUUUUCCGCACCAUCUCAACCCAGCCCUUAUGUUUCUACAGGCACUGCUGUUCAAUCUGCUGCAAACCCUUUUUCUUCGACCACUCCUGCGAAUCCCUUUGCUCUUAAAUCUCCUAGUUUUGGUUCAUCUGGGUUUGGUUCUACUUCUACAUCACUUUUCAACUCACCAUUCUCUGCUUCCUCAUCGAGUCCAUUUGGUCCAACUUCUACAACUUCUUUGUUUGGUGCUUCUAGUAGUUCUACAUUUGGUUCAAGUUCAUCACCCUCACUUUUUGGUGGAUCAAGUGCACCUGCUUUUGGCUCUUCAACAUCAGUCUUUGGCAAUUCAUUGGCCGGGUCUAGUUUGGCUUUUGGAUCUGGCCUUGGCAGUACUCAAGCUUCUGGGCUAUUCCAGUCCUCACCUGCUCCUUUUGGGCAAACAUCAACACCUUUUGCACAGCCAACUAGCGGAACAACUACUGCCUUUGGAUCAAAUCUAUUUAGCACUCCAUCUACUGGUUUUGGUGGGAGUUUAUUCAGCAGUUCAACGCCAUCACUCUUUCCUUCAAGCACUCCAGCUGGAUUUAAUGCAACUCCUGCAGCACAGACACCCUUCCAAUCAGCUCCAGCAGUCCAGCCAUCCAAUGCAUUCUCAUUUUCAAAUUUUGGACAGAUACAACCAGCCUCUUCUAGUGGCUUUGGUGCUAUGCCAAACCUCUUCAAUCAAAGCACCAUUGGACAGCCUGCUGCUGGUCAGUCCAAUGUGGUCACGCAACCAGUUCCUGUCGCAAAUCCUUUUGGGAUGCUUCCUGCAAUGCCUCAUAUGUCAAUUGGUCGUGUGGGCUCUACCCCCUCAAUUCAGUAUGGAAUUUCGAGCAUGCCUGUUGUUGAUAAGCCUAUUCCUGCAAGGAAUUCACUGUUACUAGUUCCACGAAUUUCCUCUCAGAGAAGGAUUAGACUGCCUCCCAGGAAAUACUCCCCUAAAACUGAUGGCCCAAAGUUGCCCUUUUUCGCUGAUGAUGAAACACUUUCCACACCAAAAGCAGAUGCACUUUUCAUUCCCAGAGAAAAUCCUAGGGCUCUGGUUAUACGCCCAGUUGAGGAAUGGCCUCCUCGAAGUAUUAUGGAAAAGGGUAGUAUUGUCAAAGAUAGACCAAACUCAGCCAAUGAAAAUGGUAAAGUGCCAGGAGAGCCUUCUGCUCCAGCUUAUAAGGAACUUGAUGAAGGUGAUAAUGAUGAACCUGUUACUGAGCAUGGACACUCCAAGGAUCCCACUGGUCAAACUGCAUCACCCUCUAAACCUAUGCACAAGGCGAAUGGUGGCAUCAAUGGUGAUCAUAUGCAAAAAGCCGCAGAUUCUUACAUGAAAAUAUCUGGACACAGGGCAGGCAAGGCUGCAAUCACGUAUGAGCAUGGUCCAGGCAUAGAAGCACUGAUGCCUAAACUCCGCCGAGACGAUUACUAUACUAUCCCUCGAAUCCAGGAACUGGCUGCAAAAGAGCGUGCAGAGCCAGGCUUCUGCCGGCAUGUCAAGGAUUUUGUUGUUGGUCGGCAUGGCUAUGGCAGCAUCAAGUUCUAUGGAGAAACCGAUGUCCGGGCACUCGACCUGGAGUUGAUUGUCCAAUUCAACCACCGCGAGGUGAUUGUUUACAGCGAUGAUGAUAAGAAGCCUCCUGUUGGGCAAGGGCUGAACAAACCUGCAGAGGUGACACUCCUCGACAUAAAAUGCAUCGACAAGAAGACAGGCGAGCAGUUGACAGAGGGUCCGAGAGUGGAGAGGUACAAGGAGAUGCUGACACGGAAGGUGGAGGAGCAAGGGGCGGAAUUCAUCGCUUAUGAUCCUGUCAAGGCGGAGUGGAAAUUCAAGGUGAAGCACUUCAGCCGGUACAGGUUUCUCGACGUGGAUCUGAUUCCUUGACAAGUCUGAACAAUGGAGGGAUUUGGGCUUGAAUUCUUCAUUAGUUUUGUAUAGGACUUUUUCUAACUUUGACGGGCAGUAAAGUACAGGUGCUUACUGUGGUGUGUUGUUUUUAUGCUAAACACGUUUCUGUUUUUUUAAACUGGCAUUCUACAAGUAAUUUUGAAAACAUUUAUUGAUCGA